AUGGCUCUCAAGCUCAACCCAGUCACCUUCCCUUCCACCCGCUCCCUCAACAUCACCUUCUCUCCCUCCCGCCAUCCCAGAUCUCCUCGCACCCUUCUCGUGGCCUCCACUUCCACCAAGGAGGCUCAGAAACUAAAGAAGUCGCAUGGACCUCCCAAAGAGGUGCAUGUCCAAGUCACGCAUUCCAUGCCCCCUCAAAAGCUGGAGAUCUUCAAGUCCUUGGAAGGUUGGGCUGAGGACAAUCUCUUGCUGCAUCUAAAGCCCGUUGAGAAAUGUUGGCAGCCACAAGAUUUCCUGCCAGAACCCGAGUCAGAUGGAUUUUAUGACCAAGUUAAGGAACUAAGGGAAAGAGCCAAGGAACUCCCUGAUGACUAUUUUGUUGUGCUGGUUGGAGAUAUGAUCACUGAAGAAGCCCUACCAACUUACCAGACAAUGCUUAACACCCUUGAUGGCGUUAGGGAUGAAACUGGGGCCAGCCUUACAUCAUGGGCGAUCUGGACUCGCGCAUGGACUGCUGAGGAGAACCGGCACGGUGAUCUCCUCAACAAGUAUCUCUACCUUUCCGGAAGAGUGGACAUGAAGCAGAUUGAGAAGACAAUUCAGUAUCUGAUUGGAUCUGGAAUGGAUCCAAAAACAGAAAACAAUCCCUACCUUGGUUUCAUAUACACUUCAUUCCAAGAGAGGGCAACGUUUAUCUCACAUGGGAAUACGGCAAGACUAGCCAAGGAACAUGGAGACAUGAAGCUGGCACAGAUAUGUGGAAUUAUCGCAGCAGAUGAGAAACGCCAUGAAACUGCUUACACCAAGAUUGUGGAGAAGCUGUUUGAGAUUGAUCCGGAUGGCACAGUGUUGGCACUGGCAGACAUGAUGAGAAAAAAGAUAUCCAUGCCUGCCCACUUGAUGUUUGAUGGCCAGGAUGACAAUCUUUUUGAGAAUUACUCCUCUGUGGCACAGCGUAUUGGGGUGUACACGGCGAAGGACUAUGCAGAUAUCCUCGAGUUCCUGGUUGGGAGGUGGAAAGUGGAGACGUUGACAGGUCUUUCUGCGGAAGGAAACAGGGCCCAGGAGUUUGUUUGUGGGCUUCCAGCAAGGAUUCGAAGGCUGGAAGAGAGAGCUGCUGGGAGGGCGAAGCAACCAUCCUCCCCUGUUCCUUUCAGCUGGAUUUUCGGCAGAGAACUUGUGCUGUAA